ACUUCCCUGGAAAACAGCUGGUGGCUUUCCGUGCUCUUUAUCACGCUGCGAAAUAUUUUGGCAGAGAAGGAGUGAAGAGCGUGUUCGGACUCUUUUCUUGCGCGGAGCGGCUGCACCGGGAUGCCCGAGCUCUGCGGGGGAAGGGGUGGAGGGUUCAUUCGCAUUCCCGACUGGAGCGCUGGACGACUUCGGGUGACUUCGGGUCGGAUCCUACAGUACUUCGGGUUUGGGGCGUUCUACCAAACACUUGCUGUUCCGUUUGGGCAGUUUUGCUUUCCACAACUUGACAAGUUUAUAUGCUUUACCACUGUGCCACGUAAAUGGCUUAUAAAGAGAGAGCUCUAAUAUACUCGCUGCCUCAUUCGGAACAAAAUAUAAUUUUCAUAUUACGAAGGAGAUCUCUGUCGCGUUCCAUUUGUCAUUCCCCGAGGAUCGAUGCGUCGCAAGGAUGCGUUGCUCGGAUAUAGUCGGUUGUUUAUUAAGUGGGAACUGUGUUGCUAUGCUAAUCUAGUAGCGAAGCGGCGAAUGCAUAUGCUCUCGUUACAAUUCUGUUUAUUAAAAGUUUUAGCAAAAUCCACUUAAAAUGCCAUUUUCUUCUCCCGUUGACGAAAAUGAUCUAAAUGCCACAAAUAAAAAAAUAAUAGAGCUCAAGAAGAAAAUUCAACUCUCAGAGGGUCAGAGAAAAGCACACUAUGAAGAGUGUGAAUCAGAGAAAAAAAGGAAUGCAGAGAAAAUCCGACUUCUAAAAAAAGAAGUGAAGGAACUACGAAUAAAGCUGAGCCAGCCACCUAGAUGCGAUGGAAAUGUCCUUAAAAAAUACUGUCACAAUCCCAAAGAUACAUUCUCACUUCGGGAGAAAAGAAAAGAGGAUGCUGUAGAAAUUAUGGAUUUGAAAGUAAUAGAUUUGAAGAAGAAGUUGGAUCUACUAAGAUACCAGUCUAAACAGCAUCAAGAAAAAAUGAAAUCACUGGCUGAUGAGUAUAAAAAACUUAUGCAAAAGAAGCAACAAUCACGGCUCAUAAAAAAUAAAUCCGAAGCUCAAAAAGAGAGGAAUACUUUGGAAAACCACAUUCAUCGAAUUGAAAUGAACAUGAUGGAAGCUGACCAUGUAAAACGCAAGUACCUCAGCAUUAGAGCAAGCCUUCUGGAUGACAGUGUUGAAUUUGAAAGCAGUUUGCGAAACAUGGAAGAUGUAAUAGUGAAACAGGAACAUGAAAUCAAGCAUCUUGAGGAUAUAAAUAGUGAGGCUCUUUCGUUGAGAGAUUCAACAAAGUCAAUGCUACUGCGACAAGAAGCUUCAGCUAUGAGUAUAAGCAAGGCAAGGGAGAGACAGCUGCAUGAGUUCAAGAUGAGGGUAGAGGAGCGUAAAGCUGCCCUUGAACAACUUGAAAGAAGAAUAUUCCCCACUGGGAGACCUGUCAUACAGCGAGAAGAUUCCCAUGGAACACCAGAUUCAGCUCAAGUUGCAGAAGAUGAUUGUACUCGCAAGACGGAAUUUUAUGAGAACGCCUUUCUGAAGUUAAAAGAAGCAACAGGAGUGUCAGAAACAGAAGAAGUGCUGCAACGUUUUCUUGGACAGAAAGAAACAAAAUCUCGCCUCACUUACCUCAGGAAGAACACAGAAGAUGAAAAGAAAAAAUUGGAAAAACGUAAAGAAGUUAUGUUGGCACAGUUGGAAGCGUUUAAAUUUGCUGAAGUUAAAGACAAAGAAGUCAAUGUGGAGGAAAUGGAACAAGUGAAGCUCAACAUCAAAAAGAGAAAAGAUGAAAUUCUGAAGCUUGAAGAAAAUAUAAAGUCUGUGUCAGAACAACUUCAAAAUAUCAGAGAUAUACUACAUCGCAUCAGCACAAAAAUUGAGAUCAUAGAUGAUGUUAAAGUCCCCGAUACCACGGAUGACUUACGUGAGGUUGAGAGUUUCCUUAACAUCCUUGAGCAGAAAAUCCAAAAUACUAUCUCCCGGACAAAUCUUGUCUCUGAAAUGAUUGACCAGAUGAAUGAAGGUACUCAAGAGCCAGGUGAAAUUCCAGACAAUACAUUAAGUGUUGUAUCAUCACAGAUGCCAACUCAGCGCACUACAGCUGUCAUGACAACAGCAGAACCUACACCUCAGGAGGGCCCUUGUCCAGAGGACUUAUGGCAGUUUUCAUCUAAACCUGGAGCUGCUCUCAGUGGGAGUGGGGUGGCUCCAAAUAGAAAGGACAUUGCUUCAACAAGUGCACCUACAAUCCCUGAAGCUGAUGAGGAAGAGGAAUGUCCCACAAGAAGCUUUCUGAAGAGACAAGCUCAGUUAAUUGUUGACGCUAAAUCAAGAAGGAAAGCUUUCAGAGGGGUUUCAAUAAUAAAAAGCAGAAAAUAACAAAGAUAAUAGGU